AUGUAUCACGAGCAACGUGGCCACAUCACACUCGUCACUGGACCCAUGUUCUCCGGGAAAACCACAGAAUUGCUUCGAUUGCACGGCCGUCAACAGUUGGCCGGCAAAAGAUGUGUGUUGGUGAAAUACGCGAAAGAUACGAGAUACGACGAGAAUCUCAUCGCCACACACGACAAGCACAAGAGCCUCUCAAAUACGAUCAAGGCAAACGAGUUGCAGGAAGUUUACGGGGAAAUGUUCGAUGAGGCGGUUGACGUUGUGGCCAUUGAUGAAGGGCAAUUUUUUUCUGAUUUGGCGGACACAUGCGAGCGAUUGAUGAGAGCGAGAAAAAUCGUGAUCGUCGCUGCGCUAAAUGCGCGUUUCGAUCGAAAGGCUUUCGAGCAAGUUGCUCUCCUACAACCAAACGCCAACGAGAUCACACUUUUGACAGCCGUUUGUGAUUGCGGAGAAAACGCAAUCUUCACUCACCGUAAAAGUGCCGCCACUGAGGAGGAGUUGAUCGGCGGAAAAGAAGUCUACAAAGCUUGUUGUCGCGAGUGUUACUAUAAAGCUGAAUCCGAGAUGCACGACGGGGAAAAUAUUUAUCCAAAGAAAAUGGUUGACGAUUUUUUCAUGACUUCAACACGAUUGCAUAUCUCGCCCGAAAAGAAACCCCGUCUGGAUGGUCGUCCACUUUCGCCUCGAACUGCCUCUAAAAAUGGACAC